AGUUAAGAAUUGUGCAAGUUGUAUAAUAUUAUAUAUAAGAAAUAUAAUAUAAUAAGCCCAGGGAUUUCAUGGCAGAGUGACUUGGAUACAAGGUAUAUAUAAAGACGAGGCGACUCCAAGAGAGCGUUGACAGCUUUCAGUUUAAUGAGUAGUAGUGUGCAUCACGUCAAACUAGAACCUGAAUCAUGGUCUCCCUCACUUUCGUUUGCCUCGUGAGCUGUGUCUUCUCUGGGGCGUUCACACAGACAGCGUCAGACAUCCCGACUUUGACUAAAUCAAUUCUGAGUUUAGCUUCCAACAUAGACACCAACGGAGAUGGACAGCUUAGCAUACCGGAGAGAAUAGUGGACUUCAGAGACAACUUCGAUACAAAUAACGACGGCUGUGUUGACGAGAAAGAAUUCGUGAAAAGAUACACAGGUGGAUGUUCGUCCGCUGUGGCGGUCUGGGUCUGUCUCGGGAAUUUGCUGAAGAACGCUUCAGUUUCCUCGUCCCGUUUGUCGGAGGACCGUUCCCAAACUGUAACGGAAUACCCACCAACUCGUUCCAAAGAGACUUCCCUACCGACCCCUUCAUCAACAGCCAGAUACAAACUUUGAUCAAGACUUGUGAAGCUGACAGAAGCAG